UACAAGCAGUGUAUAGAAAAAAUCUGCCGCGUUAGGUCAUAUUGCAAACGUGUGUCUGUCGAUUUUUGAGCAUACCAAGGCGAAAAUUAAACAAAUAUAAUAAUCAAAAUGUGCAAAGUGCUGUGUCAGUGAAAUUAAACAGAUAAAAACCAAACAGUGUGGGUGUAAAAUGCUUCAGCAAGUGUAAUUUAUCGGAAAUGCAAUUGUAAGGCAAGCACAUUUUUUGAACGAGUCGUCAAGGGAAUCGCAAAAAUAGUUUACGGCAGCCAUUAGUCGGUUAGCAGAGACAAAGAUUUUCCCGUUGCGUGUGUGCUGGUUUGAUACAUCGUGCGCUCCCCUGCCGUCCGUUGUGCGAUUCAACGUAUCCGAAAGUGCAUGUGGACAGCAGUGCGCGUACAAAUCUUGGAUGAUUAUAUUUCUCUUGUCUUGUUUAUCAUACCUUCCUCAUUACAUUGUAAAAAUUGCAUGCCAUUAGCUGUGCUAGUGUUUGUGUUUGCUGGCGACAACACGCGUAUCAUUUUCCCUUACCGAUUCGUGGGCAACUUAGCGCUCAUGUUAAAGUAAAAUCAAAAUUCGCUCAAAUCAAUAAUUAAAUUGAAUUCAUUUUGUUUAAGGUGAACAUUAAACGUUUAAACGACAUUAUAAUAAUAUUUACAUUACGCUAUAAACCAACUACGAAUGCAACCCUGCUUCGUGCAUUGAGAAACGUCAAUAAGCAGGCGUCGACUCUCCGAUUAUCUGCUGUUUCGCUUUUGUGUUGUUUUUUGUCAUUUUUGUUUGUAUCUCGUCGCACUCCUCAACACGCUUUUCAUAAAGUUAUCCAACAAGUCACCAACAGUCCAUCCAAUCAGUCAUCCAUCCAAUUUGAAAUACUUUUAUGACCGUUUCUUCGUGUGUGCCCGCAGCUCGUCAACCCACACACAGCUACAGCUGUUCGACGUUUUUGUGUGUUUUUUUUUUUUUGCGUUUGCUGUUUGGAAGCAUUAACUGUGCGAUAUAUUGGCACACGCGUUAACUCGUAUCUUAGCGCUUAUGCAAAAAUUGCAAAAAUAUUAAAAAUAAAAAAAUACCUAAUUAAAUUACAGAUUGCUUUGUGAAAAUGGUGCGAAGAAAUUGCUAAAUUAUAUUAAUAGCAGUGUCACACUAAAGUGUAACAAUUUGAAAAGUUGCAACCGCCUCCACACCCCAUACAAAAUUGUGCUGCCUUUGUAGCGUUAUUUCGGUAUUAUUAAAAUAUGUGAAUAAGUGAAAAUAAAGGAACCGGAAAGUAGUAAAAUAAAUAUUUGAAAGAUAAGAAAUUCACUCGCUGUCCGCACUAUCUCACUUUCUUUUUUUAAUGUCUUUUCGUUGUUAAUUUCUAUGCAUUCGGUUCGCUGGAAACGUGUUGGUUUGGUGGAGGCGGCGUACAUUCGUGUUGAUAUCAAAUAUAUUGUCUAGAUAUACAUACAUAAGUACAUAUGGACGUGCUAUCAAAGUGAAUUGAACUUUCAAAUGUCGCUGAUAUUAAAAAGAGUUUGAAAAAAACCCGAAAAAUAAUUUGGCAUGAGCAUAGGCAUACAUAUAAACAUAAGUUCCAUCGAAAACAAUAACAAUUAUGCAUACAUAUAUUAUAGGUGUUUGUAAAUAAAAAGGCAAACCAUUGUGGCCUAUAGAUCGAUAUAACCCCGCUCCGCUGUCCAAAAAAAAAAAAAACUACGUGCGUUUCCUUUGCGGUCCCGUCCUCUACGUUUUAAAACUUUUUACCUAUAAAAGCAGUAUAACAGCAGUUAAAAGAAAAAAAACAACAGUGCGUUCAAACCUAAUUGAUCUUCAAAAUCAAAUAAUUAAAAAUAUUAAGUGCAUAGUUCAAAAGUUUUAAGCAUAGCAAUUUAUGGUAUAUAAUGAAAAGUUAAAUUCUGUCUAUAUUGUAAGCAGAAAAUAAUCAUUAAGUUUCGCAAAAUAGCAGUGAAGUGUAAAAAAUAAAUAUUUGAAGUGAUUUAAAGUGAUAAUUUUAUAAUCAAUUUGUCAUUCCGUCGGUGGUUAUCAAUUAAGCCGUUAGUGCACGUGAUUCAAUGAUGCACUACUCAAUGGAGCGGAGUCUAUCAGCUGGUGGGGCUGAUUCCUCCAUGCACAACAACACCACCAACAAUACCACUUCAACAACAACACUCGCGAUGUCAGCUACGAAGAACACAAAAGACGGCGUGACAAUGCGCGAGAAGAAGGGCGGCGCAUUGCAGAAGCUCAAAAAGAGGCUAUCGCACAGUUUUGGCCGAUUAACGAUAUCACGCGAGGAUGGCGAAGAUUCACAACAUCAUCAUCAUCACCACCACCAUCAUCAUCACCAUCGUGGGGGGCAUGGACAUAAUCACGGUAAUAAAGUUCCAUACAAUGGUUAUAAUUCCGAAGAAUAUCUGGAUCGUCUGGAACCAAAUGGAAAUAUACCAGCCGACAAGUCUAACUGCAGAUAUGGAGCCCAAGAAACGGCAAUACAAGACAAAACACAAGAUAAAGACUGGCGUAGCACUGACAGCACCGACCACCACGAUCGCGUCCAACGGCAAUUGUCCGUAUCAUCCGAUAGCAAAUUGCUGGACGAUGACAUUCGAGAGGAGCAGCGCGUUAUUAUGCGCCCGAAAAAGCCGCCCAGACCAAAAUCGGAGGUUUUCCUCAACAAACAAGACCCGCACCCACGACGGAAACGGUUUAGUGCAUUUGGCGGCGACUCGCCAUUUGGAAAAUCGGAUGCCUACAUAAAACUGGAACCGCUCGGUGAGGGCUCAUAUGCCACAGUAUAUAAAGGCUUCAGCAAUUUAACUCAUCAACGUGUUGCAUUAAAAGAAAUUAGACUGCAAGAGGAGGAAGGUGCCCCAUUCACCGCGAUACGUGAAGCCUCGCUGCUGAAAGAACUGAAACACUCAAACAUUGUGACGUUGCAUGACAUUGUGCACACACGGGAAACGCUGACGUUCGUUUUUGAAUAUGUGAAUACUGACUUAUCACAGUACAUGGAAAAGCAUCCUGGCGGUCUGGAUCAUCGUAAUGUUCGCUUGUUUCUGUUUCAAUUGCUGCGUGGUCUCUCCUACUGCCAUAAGCGGCGCGUACUGCAUCGUGAUGUUAAGCCGCAAAAUUUAUUGAUAAGCGAUUGUGGUGAAUUGAAAUUGGCGGAUUUCGGUUUGGCGCGCGCUAAAAGUGUUCCCAGUCAUACGUAUUCGCAUGAAGUCGUUACGUUAUGGUACCGUCCACCAGAUGUUCUGCUUGGUAGCACUGAAUACUCGACAUCGCUGGACAUGUGGGGUGUCGGCUGUAUAUUCGUGGAAAUGGUCACUGGCAUGCCAACAUUCCCCGGCAUACGUGAUACAUAUGAUCAACUGGAUAAAAUAUUUAAAUUGCUCGGCACACCCACCGAGGAGACGUGGCCGGGUGUGACACAUUUUCCUGGUUAUAAACCGCAUAAGUUAGGUUUUUAUCGACCCCGUAAACUAGGUCACAACUUUCCUAGACUAUAUGAUAUCGUUGAUGGUGAGACGAUAGCGAAUGCCUUCCUGCAAUUAAAUCCAGAACAAAGAAUAGGAGCUGAAGAAGCGCUGCAACAUCCCUACUUUGCGCCGUUGCCGAGAAAACUUUACGAGUUGCCCGAUGAGACAUCAAUAUUUACCGUUGAGGGAGUGCACUUGUUUCCUGAACCGAACCGACAAAACAAAUGAAAAUUAAAGCAGGUCCUUUCGGUGGAUGGUGUACGUUUCUAUUGUUAGCAGCAACAGCCAUAAAUAUUGUAAUUCUACUUUUUUACUGCAAACUUAAUUUUUUGUGCAACACUAUUUUCAACAAUAACACACAUUUCUUUAUUCUUUAUUAUUAAUUUUAGUUCUAAUGCAAAAACAAAAAAGAAGCAACAACUACACUUGAUUAAUUAAGACAAACAAAAAAUAGUUAAAUAGCUGAGUAAAGUGUGUGAGAACACACGAAACAAAAACGUACUAAGUAAAAGAACUAAAGUGACUAUGUAAAACAUGAAACCAACAACAACAACAAGUUAAAUAUAACACACACACACUCAAACACAACUACGUAGCAAUGUAUAUACUUACUUACUUACAUAAAAUAUGAAAAUAAAAUUUAGACAAAAAAAAACACGGAAACAAAAACUUGAAAAUAUCACUUAGCAACUUAAACGAUUCAAUUAUAGUAAUAAAAGUGAAAAAUAAUAAACAAAUAACUGAAAACUUAGAAGCAUAGCACUAAAUAUAUUUUUAACAUUUUAAUAGAAUUUGACAGUAAAUAUCAAAAACACGGCAAAAAUAGUUGAAAUUCUUAGGUCCAAAGAUACAAAAAAACUUUAUUGAAAAAAUAGGUGAAGCAAAAAGCCACAACAAAAACAAGUACUAACGAACAAAUGUGAAAUUUAAGCGAAAAAAAAUGUUUUAAAAGUAUUAAGCAGAAACCGUAAAGCAGUGUCAAAUUUUGGAAUACAAACAAAAAUAAAAUAAAAUAGAAAUUGUAGUAAAACUUGUCAGAAUUACAAAAACCACAAAAAAUCAAUAGUUCUAAGCUAAACAGUAGGCAAACAGACACACUAAACUUAAAUUCAACUCAAAACCACAAAACUUAAUUAACAUGAUUUACAUUUACUUAUAUAUAAAAAGAGCGAAAAACUAUAAAAUUACAUAUUAUUAUUUUCUUAGACUACGAAAUAUACACAUGUACAUUUUUCUUGAAUCGAACACGUGCCUCAAGGUCCUCAGGUCCUCGGUAAGCACCUUCCCCUGCACGCAACGUUUGCUUGUUUUGGCUGCAGCAAAGCCACACUGCAACCAUAUGCAGCACAUAUUUACACACAAUAUUAUUGACGCAGAAGGGGAGCGAUUUUAGGCAAAGGUCUUGGUGUUGCCACCAAGUACCGCUAAGAGUCGAUAAACCAAAAUUCAACACCAACUUUUAACAUUCGUUAAAGCGUAAAUCGAAACAAAAUUUAUACUUAUUGUUGUAGUAGUUAUUAGCUGGCAAUUCGUAGUUGAAACAUUAAAUAGCAAAAAAUAAAUUCGAAAUCUCUUUAAAAUCAUCAUAUGACAAUUGAAUUUGAUAUUUUGUGGGCUUACAUGCAAGCGACUAGUAGCAGGUGCGUACGCUUGGCAACUAGUUGCGGAGGGAAAUUUUGCUAUUAAAUAAAAAAUGAGCAUUUUGACAGUAAUGUUAACUGAAAAUUGAAAAAAAAAUAUUGAAAAACCUCAGCGUUUUAAGUAAUACUUAUUGCAGAAAAUUUUUCAAUUUUGAAAUUUCCAAAUCUAAAAAAUUGCAAAUUCUAGCGCAGCCUUAGCAAAUUAAAAAAAUUAAAUUAAAUUAAAAUUAAUUUUUUUGACCUCAAAAGUGCAUGUAAGCCCCCUAGUAGAGUCAUCGAUUUGUAAAUAUGCAUAUCUAGCUUAAACAACCAGCUAUCGAGUAGUUGAAUUUAAAAAAAAAAACUAUCUGGAAAACACGAACACAAACAACAUUACGAAAUUCUUCUUUAAUUUCCUCGAUAUAGAGCAAUUGCUUCGAACGCAUUUUUAGCAGCUUAAGGCGAAAUACUCACAAUCUUUCUAAUUGUAAAUUGCUUUAAUUGAUAUCAUACAGCAUUUCGCAAACCAACUUGCCCAACUAGCACUUUCUAAAAUUAGGCGUUUAAAAAAUCAUGCAAAAACUGCAGUUUUCAAGGGUUUUGAUUUUAAUUUUGGUUUUCAGGUUUUGUCUUCCUACUUAAAAAGUUUUGUUUUAUUUAAUAUAAAAUAUUCUAAAAAUAAAUUAAUUGAUAUUUGAAUAUAAAUAACUACAUUACAGUUAUGUAUGUAUGUAUAUGAAUAAUUAUGUUUGCUAAUUAACUAUAAUUUAGUUUUUAAUUUCAAAAUACUGUAAAUAAAUAUAUAUAAUAUGA